GUGACACGCUCACUAAAACUAAAAAAAAAUCCUUUUGUAGCGAAUCGUUUAUUAAGAAAAAUAAAUAAACUUAACACAAAAGCGGAAAAAGAAAUAAUAAUAACUUGGUCCCGAGCAUCUACCAUUAUACCCAUAAUGAUUGGUCAUAGUAUUGCUAUACAUAAUGGAAAAGAGCAUUUGCCUAUUUAUAUAACAGAUCGUAUGGUGGGCCAUAAAUUGGGAGAAUUUGUACCUACUCUAAAUUUCCGAGGACACGCGAAAAAUGAUAAUAGAUCUCGUCGUUAA